GUUUGGCGAGAUUUCUUGAGAGAAGGAAAGUUAUCUUCUUGAUGAAGGCGAUCGCCAAGUGUUGUUGAGACUUGAAGAAUUCUGAUUAUUUAUAAUUCAACAAAACAUCAUUGCAAUGAAGUCUGGAAAAUCUUCUUCGCUGAACCCAUAUGCUGAACCAUACAUUCCCCUUUCAAGAAGAAAUGAAGCAUUGAAAGAGAUUGAUUACAAUUUGAUGGGAAAUGAUGAUCUUAAAGAUGUAAACUUGAACCACCACCAGUACCAGCAAACAGCAGCUUUAUUCGAUGGUUCAACAUCCGAAAGCAGCAACAGAAGAAGAAGAAGAAGCGCAAUAGAUGAUGAUAAAGAGACAAAUAUGGAAGAAGAGUUUGAUAUGGGUUUGACAUACCUUGAGAUGAUAUUUCCAGGUAUAUCAGAAGAAUCAUUGGCAGAGGUGUUUUUGGCUAAUAAGGGAGACUUGGAAGCAACUGUUGAAAUGUUAAGGCAGCUUGAGAUGGACAUAGAUGAUUGUUGUGAAUAUCUUCCAGACAGCUUGGAUAUUGGUGAUGUGAUUGAACAACCUAAAUCUUCUAAUUCCCAAGAUGAAAUGGCAGUAGCAAGUUCUUCUUCUUCAAUUAGAUUGGACUCCAAAAGCAAGGAUGAUCCUUAUGUUUGAAUGAUUUUAAUGUAGUUUUGGAGAUUUAGGCAGACACUAUUGGUUUUUGC